GGUGCGAGCUCAUAUCACUCUGCCGCCGUUUCGCAACCUCUCACCUGCCUUGCUCACAUCAGUGUUUAUUCCCUUGCCGUUGUCCCCCCCCCCCCCCUAUGAUCUGUGUAGUCGCUGGAUUUGUUGAUCAUUGCCGCGCUAAGUGCUCCCCCGUCCUCAUCGUAAGUUCCUUAUGUUGUCCCGUCAAGGAUUUUCGUUCCUAAGAAUUCGAGUUGCGGCUUCUGAGCGAGGGGUUUGGCUAUUGUAUUUGCUUUAGGGGUGGGGUGUCUGUAGAUUUAGAGUUUGACGAGUCGAUCUGGUGAGGUUAGUUCUAAGGGGUUGAAGCUUGAGCACGUCAUCUAGUUUCGGCAAGUGUUGCCGCAUCUGUAAUCGUUGGAUCUGAUACGUAAACGUAUGCAGCUGGUUGGGAUCGGUUGCGUUAGCGAUUUCGGGUUCUGAUGCCUUCAACGCCAAGGAGUUUGAAGUAAGUUCAAGAAAUACAUCGCUUGCUCACCUUCUGGGACAUCUUGCCGCCGUAUACAGGGUAACAGGAUCUUAAGAAAAUGGUGAAGAUUGUAGCUCUUGGAGUUAGUCUCCUUUUCUACAUUCUUUCUUUCUGCCUUUCUGUGGCAGCCGCUGUGAAGCGAAGCACGGCUGUCGAAGAGGUAGAUAUCGCCACAGGUAAAAUUAGGUGCUUGUACACCUCCGACAUCUCAACUGGUCUAGCUGCCGGAGCGCUUAUCUGCCUGGUAGUCGCCCAUGUGGUCAUCCUGUUUGCGACCCGUUGCCUAUGUUGUGGAGGAAAGCUCAUCCCCGGAAGUGCUAAGACGUUCGGAAUUUUUGCGUACAUACUAUCCUGGUUCUGCUUCAUUGUUGCAUCAUCAGCUCUGAUUGCUGGAGCAGCUCAGAACAAAAUUCAAACUCAGGGCGACUUUAAUUAUUUUGGAGCAAAUGUCACAUGUCGGGAAGUGCGGAAGAGCGUGUUUGAGGCAGCUGCUGCUUUUUCCUUCCUCACUGCAUUAUUCAGUGAGUUGUACUACAUGCUCAUUUCCAAGGCCUGGGCGCCUGAGUGGCAGUCAAAUGGCCCCUCUGUAGGAAUGUCCCCCUACCCUUGAAGGUGCAUCCGUAGAACAAUAUUUUAUAUGAAAUUUUGACCCCCUUUCUUUCGUGCCAUAAAACUGACAUGUUCAUUCCCCUAGAUGAAUAUGACGAACCAGGGGACACUUUAGCGUCGGAAUUCAUUCAGAAGUAUAGGUGUAUAUUUUCACAUUCCACUCUCGAGAGUGUCCAUAUUUUUACGAAGCAGAACUUCGAGUGGAACCUCAUCAAUUUACCCUAUUCAAUUCCUUGUGCCAAAUUCCUGAAGAUUUGUUGCCAGCUUUACCUUAAAUGUGGAAAUGAGUAAUGGGUUUGAAAGGUUAGCCUCACCCACCAAGCUUGUACAGCCA